AUGGCCAUAUCCAUCGCUCAGCUCAGUGCCGAGCACCACCAUAGUGGCUUCGGCCUCUUCACAAAAACACCACGCCUUUCAUGGCGGUUCAACGCCACCACUGCCAAAGGGUGGAAACAAGCCAAAUAUGAGAUCACUGUCUCUCGCCAAGGCAAAGAGGAAAGUUACCAGGUCGACUCCAACCAGUCACUUCUUGUGCCGUGGCCCUCAGCACCGCUGUCGUCGAGAGAACAAGCCCUGGUCAGGGUCCGGGCUACCGGCAUUGACGGUUCAACUACCGACUGGGCAAUUCUUAACCUGGAAGUCGCUCUGUUAGACCGCUCCGAAUGGCAAGCGAGGCUCAUAAGUGGUGAGCCCCAGGGCCCCGAACCCAAGCGCCCUUUCCGCCUACGAAAGGCAUUUACGUGGACUGGUUCCGGUCCUGCGCGUCUGUACGCCACCUCCCAUGGCAUGUACGAAGUUGAGAUCAACGGCAAACCGGUGGGAGAUCAGGUUCUUGCCCCCGGGUGGCAAUCCUAUCACCACAGGCUACACUAUCAAACCUACGACAUCACCGGCCUCCUUCAGCACGGCACCAAUGUCAUCGGAGCUCACGUCGCCGAAGGUUGGUACGCAACCCGUCUUGGACGGCCAGGCGUUCCUAACCAGUGGGGGGAGCGGCCUGCGUUUCUCGCACAGGUCGAGGCCGACGGGCAAGUAAUAUGCGUAACAGACUCAAGCUGGGAAAUCUUUGACAGCCCUCUGCUCAACUCUGAACUCUACAACGGGGAGGCUUGCGAUACAAAUCUUCUGGACGAAUCAUGGUCAACAACAGCGUCCGCAAUACACGCUAAGAGCCAAGCUGAGGAACUCCCGUUCCCCUCCGCUGAGCUGAUAUCUCCGGAGGUUGCUCCCGUGCGAAUCAUCAUGGAGCUCAAAGCCAAAGAAUUGAUCAACACACCUAGUGGAAAGAAGAUCCUCGACUUUGGACAGAACUUUGUCGGCUGGUUGAGAUUCGAGAAGGACGUGCCCGGCACGCCAAACGAUGAGAUAAUCAUACGGCAUGCCGAGGUUCUCGAGCAUGGUGAGCUAGGCACACGACCUCUACGCACAGCUGAUGCCAAAUACACUGUCAAGCUUGGGGGUCCGACCAAAGGGCUCCAUGCUCAGUUCAGCUUUUUCGGAUUUAGGUACGCGGAGAUCAACGGUUUCGACGGUGUGUCAGUCGAAGACUUCACCGGCGUAGUCAUUUCAUCAGAUAUGCGACGCACUGGGACCUUUGAGUCCUCCCACAACAUGCUCAAUAGGCUGCACGAGAAUACCGUCUGGUCGAUGCGAGGGAACUUCAUCUCAGUCCCCACAGACUGCCCUCAGCGCGACGAACGCCUGGGCUGGACGGGAGAUAUCCAAGUGUUCACGCCUACCGCAAACUACCUCUAUGAUACAUCUGCGUUCCUGGGUUCUUGGCUGCGGGACCUAGACGUUGACCAGCAGGAUGCCGGGGGCGUCAUUCCGGUCAUCAUCCCAAAUAUGCCCUCGCAACCGGAUGACCGCAUGAUCAGACCAAUGGCCAUCUGGGGUGACAGCUCGGUUAUCACGCCCUGGGACCUGUACAACACAUUCGGAGACAAGAGACAGCUAGAGGCUCAGUGGGAAAGCAUGAGGAUGUGGCUGGACAAAGGUAUACCACGGGAUGACAAGGGGUUCUGGGCGACCAAGCUGCCACAAUACGGCGACUGGCUGGAUCCCCGGUCGCCGCCAGACAUGCCUGGAAAUGGGCCCACGGAUAACCACAUGGUUGCCAAUGCCUACCUCUGCUAUACCACAGCUCUUGCAGCAAAGAUUGGCAGGACAAUAGGCCGCGCGGAAGACGCAGAUCGAUAUGCUACCGACGCUAACCGCCUCCUUGAGAUGUUUCGCGAUGAGUACGUCACGCCAAAGGGCAGGUUGGCAUGCGAUACGCAGACUUCCUACGUGCUGGCGCUUCGCUUCGGGCUGCUGGCGGAGCAACACCUCCCAACAGCAAGACAACGCCUCGACUACCUGACCAGAUGGGAGCUUUUCAGGAUCACAACUGGCUUCGCGGGGACUCCUAUCAUCCUGCAGACUCUGGCAGAGAACGGCAUGCUGUCGCUGGCGUACCGGAUGCUGCAGGAGCGCGACUGCCCGAGCUGGCUGUACCCCGUCGGCAUGGGUGCCACGACCAUCUGGGAGCGGUGGAACUCGAUGCUGCCGGACGGCACCAUCAACCCGGGCCAGAUGACGAGCUUCAACCACUACGCUCUGGGCUCCGUCUGCGACUUCCUCCACAGCAUCGUGGGCGGGCUGUCGCCGGCCGAGCCGGGCUGGAGUAAAGCACUCGUCCGGCCACGGCCGGGAGGGACUCUACGCUGGGCCAAGACUGCGUUUGACUCGCCGUACGGGCCGUAUGAGGUCGACUGGCGGGUGGAGGGAGGUGAGAUGGUGACGCUGGUCAAGGUGCCUCCUAAUGCUGAAGCGCGGGUCGUCCUUCCUGGCGGCGUUGACGAGACAAUUGGGAGUGGAGAGUACAGGUUAGUGACGACUUGGCAGGAAGAUCCCGAUUGGCCGCCGGCUGUGAUUCAGGGACCACAGAAAGGAGUUCCUAUGAGUCGAUUUGUACCCUGA